AUGUUGCAAACAAGAUCACAAAGCUUAAGAAAAUUAAUUUUACACAGAAUCAAGUUUGACAAAGUUAAUCUUACAAAUAUUGCACCAAACUUGGAGAUUUUAUCAAUAAAUAAUUCUUUUGAAAAUCCUUUUGGAGAAGGCAAAAAUAAUUUUCAUGAUCUUCAAAGCCUGGAAUUAGAAGAUAAUGAAAUAGAAUUAAACAAAAUUGUUCUAAAAACAAAGUGUAAAUUAUUAAAAUUUUUUAAAAUAAAAGAGAGGGAAUUAAAUAAUGAAGUAAAAGAGGAAUUUAUUUUGUUGCUUAGUCAAAAUUAUCCAAAUAUAACUAGUUUAUGUUAUAUAACUGACAAUAUUAUAUUCUCUUCUACACUUAAAAUAUUUAAAAACCUUUGCCAACUACAACUAGGAGAAUUUUCUUAUUAUGAUCUUCCUUAUAGCAAUCAAGAUUAUUUGCAAGCCUUAGUUUAUUUCAAUGUAGAAAGAGUGAAGUUAGAGGUUCUUAUAUUACCUUUUAAUAUUAAGUUUGAUUUACUUCCAAAUUUAAGAAAAUUUGUUGAAAAAGCCAAAUAUCUAAGGUAUAUAGAAAUAGUUCGAUCAAAAAAUUACAAAGUAGAAAAACAAAAAGACAGUGAGAAAGAAAUAAUUGACCCUUGUCAAAUUAGAAACAUUAAAUGUAUCUUAAAAUUUCAGUUAGAAAGGUAUAAAGACUAUUUUUGUAAUUAUGAGAUGAAAUUUGAAUCCUACCUAAGAACUGAAGAAUAA